CCGCCCCCGCCGCCGGCUUGUGUAGGGCGGGCCGCGCCGUCCCCGCGCCCCCGAGCGCCCCCGCCCCGGCCCCCGCGGCGCGUGACCUUGGCCGAGUCCCCGGGAGCCUCCGUCCGGUCCUCGGCGCGGAGCCCCCGGAGCCCCGGCGCUGCACCCCGCGGGGUGGAGGAGGAACUGCCCCCGAGAGCGCGGGGAGGCCCGAUCGGGGCGGCGCGGAGGGACGCGCGCGCCGAUGGCCCCGAGGGCGGGGGCCUCAGGGGGGACGGAGCCCCGCGCCGGGCGGUGGCGCCCCCUCCAGCCCCCUCCAGCCCCUCCCUUCCCGGCCAGCUGGGGUGGGGUGGGGACGGGGGCCCGGAGCCGAGGACAUGCGCACCACUGGAGGAGAGGGACACGAGCCGGGACCCUGCCCGGGUGGGGUGCAGAGGACACUUCAGGGUCGAAGGAGGAGGUUCUGGGAUUUGAAAUCGACACGGUGAACUCUGUCCAGUUUUCAAACCACACAGGCUACGCCCACUGGAAGGGGCAAGUGCUGAACUCCGAUGAGCUCCACGAGCUGUACGAGGGCCUCAGGCUGAACAAGGUGAACAAGUAUGACUACGUGCUCACAGGUUACACCAGGGACAAGUCAUUCCUGGCCAUGGUGGUGGACAUCGUGCAGGAGCUGAAGCAGCAGAACACAAAGCUGGUGUAUGUGUGCGACCCGGUGAUGGGCGACAAGUGGGACGGCGAGGGCUCCAUGUAUGUCCCGGAGGACCUGCUCCCCGUGUACAAGGAGAAGGUCGUGCCGGUCGCCGACAUCAUAACGCCCAAUCAGUUCGAGGCCGAGAUACUGACCGGCAGGAAGAUCCGCACCCAGGAAGAGGCCUUGGAGGUCAUGGACACGCUGCACGCCAUGGGCCCUGACACCGUGGUCAUCACCAGCUCCGACCUGCCGUCCAUGCGGGGCAGUGACUACCUGAUCGCCCUGGGCAGCCAGCGCACCUGGAAGCCCGACGGCUCCACGGUGACGGAGCGGAUCCGCAUGGAGAUACGCAGGGUGGACGCCGUCUUCGUGGGCACAGGUGACCUCUUUGCCGCCAUGCUCCUGGCCUGGACGCACAAGCACCCCGACAACCUCAAGGUGGCCUGCGAGAAGACGGUGUCAGCCAUGCACCACGUCCUGCAGAGAACCAUCAGAUGUGCCCAAGCCCAGGCAGGAAACGGACAGAAGCCCAGCCCGGCCCAGCUGGAGCUCAGGAUGAUCCAGAGUAAGCGGGACAUUGAGGACCCCAAGAUCGUCAUCCAGGCCACGCUGCUGUGACGGCCACGGACAUCGCCGUCGCCCACGUGCUGUCUCAUCUCGUCCUGUGCCCAUGAAGAUGUGACGUCUGCCUUAGAACCGUGGCGGAACCAUGAUGUCUUCUUUUGUUUCGUGACUGCCCAGCACCAAUGGGUCCUCACUGGAAACGUGCUGGUUGUGCUUUUUAAAACCAACAGAGCGAUCGCGGAAGUCCGUUGUUUGGAAACCCAGCCCCUCCCUGUCCCUGAAGGCGCCGGGUCCCCCUGCCACCAGCCCCGUGUAUCACGUCCGCGGCGUGGGGGCAGGGGCAGGGGGCGUCGCACGGAACCUUCUGUCACCACCAGCUUCCAACCGGGGCUGGGAUCAGGGGCGCCUUUCUGGGGAGCAGUGGGUUUAGCCGACCAUUUCCUGGAGAAUUAUGCCAAAUACCAUUAUUGUCAUUCUCAUCUCAUCCUCUUUUCCCUGCGUCAGAAUUCCUGUUUCCCAGUUCGCUGCUCUGCGGGUCCGUGGGGCUCGCGGGUGCCGCGCUCCCGCUGGGCCGCGUGGGGGACGUUUGCCGUCAGUGGCCCCGACACACGCAGGUUCUGCGUCAUCUUGUUAGGCGCAUCCUUCACCGCCUCUCACCUCAUAACCCGUGAGCGUCUCCUAGAACCUGCCGGGGCAAGGUGACAGGACGCCCCCCAGCAGGGCUCGGUGUUGGUAGACAUUGGUGGAAGAGUCCAGAAAGGCCUGCGUGCGGUUCCUCCUGGAGGACUCUCCUGGCCUGGGGUCCGGCGUGUCCGUGCCACGACCUGCUGGCGACAAACGGCUGAGCCCCGGUGUUGGUGUGUAGACGGGAGCCGAGGGCGUAAGGGGCUCCUGAGCCGCUGUUAACCGUCAGCCCGGGGCCUUUCCCUCCGCCCACCCUCCCUGCACCCUUGGGUCUGCGUUCUGUGCCCCCCGCAGUGCUCGGAUCUCUCCCAUGGCUGAGUGGGUCACAUCUCCGUGGAAACAGCCUAAUCAAAGAUCCCACCCAUGAGGUAGGAUUAAAGCAACCUGGCUUUUGUGGGGGGAGGAUGUAACAGAUUCGCACUAGCACGGACCCCCACAGCAGGGCCCUUUCCUGGGUCCCCCACCAAGAGCUGCUGCUCCCCUGGAGCUCACGGCUUCCCUCUCCCGUCGCUCCUCACCCACAUUCCCAGCAUCCCGGCCCAUGCCUGCCUGCUCCUUGGCGCCAUGCGGCGGCCUGCACGAGGUGGGUCUGUCUGGGCAUGUUGAGCCGUCGAGGGUCCUGGUGCCCAGGAGAGAAAGAAAUAACGGGCCCCUUGGAGCCCCGGAGCAAAGCCCGGCCCCCGGUGCCCCAGAGCCACUACACAGCCUGCCCUGGGCACCGGAGCCGGCCAAGCCCACCCUGCGCCUUCGGAGCGCUUUCGCCGGGAAGUACCGCCGCUGCCAAAAUGAGCGAGAUGGCCCCAUCGCCAGCCCGCGAGGAGGCCUUUCCUUUCCUUCUUUCUUUUUCUGUACGUGGAGAAGGAGGUGGAGGACUAAGGGGUAGCCCGCAGGGGUCUGUUCAGUGAGAGCAGGAGAGCCUCCCCCCGGAGAACCCGGUGCUGGGUUUGGGACUUAGUGCAAACUGUGACCUCCCUGUGCGUCGCACAGCCAGGACCCUCUGCCCGGCUGCGAGUUGGUAACUCUCCUGGCAUAGCCGGGAACGCGCUCUUCUGGCUUCCUUGGCGCCAGAGUCCCCAGCGCUGGGAAGAGAGUUGGUGCUCCACCGACGGGUCACGGCGCAGGGGAAGGGGCUCCUGGGAGAAUCGGCUUCCGCGGAAAGCAGCGCCCGCUCGCCCACACUGAUGCGGGAGAGGCACCUGGGCCGGGAUUCCCGCCGAGGCCGCGCCGUCUCCGCUCCUCUUACGGGGGCAUCUGCCGGCCGCCGGGCCAAGGCCCAAGGCCCAGGACUGACUUCAUCUAGAAAUUCCUGCCAAGAAGUUGACCGUGCUCUGUGGAAGUGGUUUUCGAGAUGGUUUGGAUCCAAAUUAGAAUUUUUGUUUCACUUUCCAUCGUUUAUUAACCUGCAACAUAAGGCUAAUCAUUUGUUAUGAGUCCAGAAUUGCCUGCUUGUUUUCAGAUUCAGAAUCCUAAUAUACUACUUUCCUCUUUCCUUUUUUUAUUUGCAUUUAAAAAUUUUAUUUUAUUACAGUACUGUAGGCUUGCAGAAAGUACGGUUUCCGUAUACACCCCCCCCCAGGUUUAUGUUACUAACAUUUUGCGUUCGUGUGCUCGCUUUGUUAGAGCUGUUGAAGCAGCACUGCUACAGUUACGUUAACCGCAGUCCACAGCUGACAGCAGGGUUCCCUCCGCGAUGUCCUAAUCCCUUCUCAUCCAGGGCUCUGGACCUUCCUUCGCUCUCAAGGGUGGAUUGCAAAAUAGGAUCCUUUUCUUACCAGCUUUAAAUCGCUGCCUGCUGCUGCCGAGGUGACUGUAAAAGUGAUUCUUUCAUAUCCUGUUCUUGAAAACUGUAGAUCCUGUUUUAAAGAUGGCACUUUCCGGCGCGUCGGGCCCAGGGUCGGGGGGCAGGGCCGGGCCCGGGCGCCUGGAGGGAAGGGGCCCCUGGGGACCAGCCGCGCUGCCCUCACCCACUGGAGGGGAUGCCCAUCAGUGCCGCGGGCUUCUGCCUGGGCGGUCACUGCAGGCCAGAUCCCGGGGAAGCCCAGGGUGGGCUGUGGGCUCCGGGCGGAGGGCAUAGCUGGGAGGGCUCAGCGGGGUGCCCAAGCCCCAGCCUCCAUGUGUGCCCACCGUGGGAGCCCCGGGCCCUGUCCUUGGGUGGGGUGCCGCCUCUCAGGGGGCGUUGCUCCACGUCCUGGACCCCAUGGCUGGGCUGUGGUACAGGGCAGGCAGGAGCCCCCUUUUUUGCAGCGGCCCAGUCUCCCUGCAGGGCAGGGUCCACUCUGGAACCUGAGUGCCCCUGCACAGCAGUGACUGGGGUCCAUGGGGAAGCCGAGUAGGUGAUGUGCUGAGGGUCCUGGCGGUGGACACAAGCCCCCCAGCCCUGCUCGGCACCUGGGGACGGCGGCUACUGGCCCUGCGCAUGUCCCCAUCACCUCACUCCACCGGCUGGGGCCUUCCCUUCCUCCCAUGCCCAGCGGCUCUUACCAUCGACACUUGCCUGGACAGCCGCGGCCAAGCGGGCUCCAGGGACACCCAGGCCCAGGGAGGGCGGCUCUGGGAGCCCCCUGGCGCCUCCCACCCUCUCCAGCAGGGUCCCCGGGGCUGGCCAGGUGUCCUGCAGUGAGGAGUGGGGACAUACGUUCAGGCCAGGAGCUGCCUUGUGGUGGUGGCGUGAGCUACGCGCGUGUAUGUGUGUGCCACUCCUCUGCCACAGUUGCUUUGUGACAGCCACAUCAGGGCUGGCUGGCAGGUUUGUCAGGGAGAGAGUGGGGGCUGGUUCCUUUAUGUUUGCGUAGGGACAGCGCCGUGGCCUCAGCACCGGCCGCACCGUUCCAGCCUCAGCCAGCAGAGGGACUCGGUGAGGGCAGGGGCAGGAGCAGCUCAGGACGGUGCAUCCACCCCCCCCCGGCACGCGAGAGCAUGGCUGCCUGGUAGUUUCUAGAUACUUCUCUGCCAGGCGACUCCAUCAGAAGCCUGCGCUCUGCUUCACGGUGGGCAUGGGCAUGGCCUGCGUCCGUCCCCCGUCACGCCGGGGAGGCUCCUGGGAACGCCACCGCUGCCCGGGGCUGCCACCUGGGUGUCCCGAUGCGCGGCCGAGGUCCCCCGGGACCACAGUCGUGAGCUCUCCGUCAGGUGUUUCCUCUGCUUGACUCCCACAGUUCAUUCUUGGUGCAAAAUGUUUUCUGUUCUUAAUGUGCAAAGACGAGUUAAAAACCACAUUCCCACCUCAUUACCGAGUCUGCUUACAAAGGCACAGUGUGCUCAUUUGUUUCAAACGUCAAGUCUGACCUAGAGAAUAUUUUAAGACUUUGUGUCAGUGGAGAGAUCCCCCCGGAACUUUUCUUUCCAUUCUGACUGUGAACAGGCGCGUCCGAGCCGGGCAGGGUGCUCCUCUCCAGAGCUGAACUCCGGGCGGGGGGCGAGCCUCGGGGUUGGGGGACCCCAGCUUCAGAGUCGUGCCGGUGAGCGACAGCCCAAACCCCAUGCAACGGGGGCCGUGGUUCUGGUGCGAGAUCCUUGGCGAGGCCGAGAGCCACCCGGGUGCCCUGGGCCGUGGGCACCACCGUCCUGCCGGUCGAUUCUGAGGCAGUGGCGAGGAUGAGCCCUUUGCCCAGCAGAGCUGGGGGGACAGGCACGGAGAGAGGAUAAGUGCAUCCCUGCACCCCGAGACCCCGAAACUCCACCCUGUCUUGGGGAAGCCCUGGGCAGGGGCCUUGGGACCGAUAAGCUUGGCCCCGGGAUGGUCCUCACGAAGCCCCUCACCCGGGCUGGGAGCUCAGGGCAGGGUCAGCGGAAGUGAGGCCCAGGACCCAGCUCCGGGGUGCGGCGGGCAGUGCCCGGCUGGUGGGGCGCAGGGGACGUGGCUGCCCCCAGUGGCAUGUGAGGAAGAGGAGGGAGGAGGAAGCCACACCUGCGGGUGUACGUGUCACUAUUUUUGGAAAGGGAAUUGAAUUGCUGAGUUACUCCCUGUCACCCCAGAAGGAUGAGCCACGUGGGGGGUGUCUUGCUGCAUUUACCUUUACAGCUAGUUUCUAAUUUGGAAUUUUAGUUGGCAUUUUGGCCAGUUAUUGCAAAACUGGACCAAAGGGGAGGGCUGUGCCUUGGAAACAGGCGCCGAUGUCUGGAGGCUCCCGGGGGCGGUGGCAAAGCACGUUGCGCCCCGUGGUGCCCGCCGCUGAGGCAGGGUCGGUCCUCGCGAGCCCCCACCUGCGUGUGUGGUCGUGUCUGUGAACGUAACGCCUCUCCGUGCUGCCUGUCCGUUUUGUGAUGCCUCUGUUGACCUGUGAUUGUCCACAAAUAAAUAUUUUCAUGGGGAUGCUGA